UUGGCCAUGUGGCCAAUUUAACUUUAGCUGCCCUUAAGGUCCCCUGGAACAAAUCAUUGACCUGAUGAGUCUUAAUAAUUCAUCGCCUUACUUUCAAGUCACAGUUUAACUUGGUACCUCUAAAAAAGUUAUAAACGCUAGUUUUUAGUUCGGGUGACUUAAGGCCACAGCAGAACCAGGAACUGAUGAACUGAGAAGACAAAGAACAGCCUGUCUCCUCCCCCCUGCACCAAAAGCCUGGAAACAGUUUGUGGAAGCAAGAGGCCUCCGCUCCCGGGCCCCUGCGAGGUCCUACCCCAUGGCCUUCAAUGACCUCCUGCUGCAGGUGGGGGGCGUCGGCCGCUUCCAGAAGAUCCAGGUGAUUCUGUUGACUCUGCCCCUGCUCCUGACGUUUUUGCACAACACCCUGCAGAAUUUCACCCCCGCCAUCCCCACCCACCACUGCCGCCCACCUGCCGACACCAACCUCAGCGAGGACGGGGACCUGGAGGCCUGGCUGCCCUGGGAUGGGCAGGGGCAGCCCGAGUACUGCCUCCUCUUCACCUCUCCCCAGCGGGGACCGCCCUUUCCCAAUGGCACAGAGACCAACGGCACAGGGGCCACAGAGCCCUGCCCCCAUGGCUGGAUCUAUGACAACAGCACCUUCCCUUCCACCAUCGUCACUGAGUGGGACCUUGUGUGUACACGCAAGACUUUGCUGCAGUUGAGUCAGUCCAUCUUCAUGGCAGGAAUACUGGUCGGAAGCUUGAUGUCUGGGAUCAUGGCAGACAGGCUGGGCCGCCUGAAGGUGCUGACCUGGAGCUACCUGCUGUUAGUAGUCUCAGGGACCUGCACUGCCUUCGCCCUCAACUUCUCAGCCUGCUGCGUUUGCCGAUUCCUCUCAGGCAUGGCUGUGUCGGGUGCCAGCAGCUGGUCUAUGAUUCUGAAUCUGGAGUGGUUGCCCAUCCAUGCCCGUCCAAGUCUGGGCCUCCUAUUAGGAUUUGUUCCUACCCUAGGCCAACUCUCCCUGGCUGGCAUGGCUUACGCUCUGCCCCACUGGCGCCACCUGCAGCUGUUGGUGUCUCUGCCCCUCUUCCUUACCUUCGUCUACUCCAGGUUCUUCGUAGAGUCUGCCCUCUGGCACUCCUCCUUGGGGAACCUGGACCUCACCCUGAAGGCCCUGCAGAGAGUGGCCCAGAUCAAUGGGAAGCAAAAAGAGGGUGCCAAGCUGAGUGUGGAGCUGCUCCAGAUGAGUCUGCAGAAGGGCCAAGCCCAGCCAUCAAUGCUGCAGAUGCUGCGCUCCCCUGCUCUCCGUCAGCUCUUCUUCUGUAUCGUCCCACUGUGGUCCAUACUCCUUUUCAGCCUUUAUGGCAUGGUCAUGAGUCUGCAGAGUUUCAAGAUCAACAUCUACCUGGCCCAGGUGUUCUUCACGAUUGUGGACCCACCAUUUUAUUUCCUGGGCUUUUUGGCCACCAAAUUACUUGGCCACAAACGUACCCAAACAGCCUCCUUGCUGUUGUCAGGGGUACUCAUUGUGACCUGUGCAAUGAUACCCCUGGAUCACAUAUUCCUCCACAUCACGAUGGCCGUGAUAGGAAAAGGCUGUUUGAUUGGCUCCAUGAACUGCCUCUUUAUGUACAUGGGGGAGCUGUACCCCACAGUAAUGCGGUGAGUGGGGGUGUUGGGGAGGAAUCCUGGGAUGGAAGAAUCAGGCCCUAGGGCCAGAUGGUUUCCAGUCGGAGAGAGCACAAAGGUCAAGCAAUUAUUUUUUAAGGCAAGAAAGAAGAAAAACACAGAAACUAGAACAAAUUAAAGACAAAAAGGAAGAUGGUAGUAGUAACUCAAAAUACAUCAGUCGAUACAAUAAAUGUAAACAGAUUAAACCUACCAGUUAAGAGAUAGAUUUUUUUUUUAACCUAGGUUUUUUUUUUUUUUUUAAUCUAGUUCAUGAUUUUAUCUA